UUUAUUUUGACGUGGAAGUUGUUUGGUUGGUCGGCGAUUGUUAGAAAACAUCAGUGAACAACCGAGCAAACACGAUUUUUGUAAUUUUAAUUGCAUUUUUAUUAACUACAGACUCACACCGUAUAUUUCAUUAAAGAAAGUUCUGUUUCAAAACAAGAAACCAUAUAAUUUUGUUUUAGGAUACAAAACAUUACACGGUCAAUUUAAUUCUUUCCAAUCACAAUGACCGCUAAUAAAUAUUCCAUUCUAUUGCCAACGUACAACGAGAGAGACAAUUUACCCAUUAUAGUCUGGUUAAUCGUGAAGUAUAUGACAGAAGCAAAUAUCGAUUACGAGAUAAUUGUAAUUGAUGACGGGAGUCCUGAUGGCACCCUGGAUGUCGCCAAACAGCUGCAGCGAAUAUAUGAAGAUCGAAUUCUCCUAAGACCUAGGGCCUCAAAACUGGGACUUGGAACAGCCUACAUACAUGGCAUAGAGCAUGCCAACGGAAACUUCAUUAUAAUCAUGGAUGCUGAUUUAAGUCAUCAUCCUAAAUUCAUUCCCAAGUUCAUCGAACUUCAGCAAACGAAAAAUCUCGACAUUGUAACCGGUACACGAUACAACGGUGACGGAGGUGUUUACGGAUGGGAUUUCAAACGGAAACUGAUUUCACGAGGAGCUAACUUCUUAUCUCAGCUAUUGCUAAGACCGAAUGUGUCAGAUCUAACUGGUUCUUUCAGAUUGUAUAAAAAGGAUGUACUGCGGAAACUCAUUUCGCGUUGCACCUCGAAGGGUUACGUCUUCCAGAUGGAAAUGAUUGUCCGAGCUCGUCAGCUGAAUUAUACCGUAGGUGAAGUGCCAAUUUCUUUUGUAGAUCGUGUUUAUGGCCAGUCCAAACUAGGUGGGUCGGAGAUAAUUCAAUUUGCUAAGAAUUUGUUGUAUCUGUUUGCUACCACGUGAUGUAAUUCUAAAUUAUGAAAUAUUAUAGAAAAUGAAAUCGGAAAACUGAUUAUUAAUUUGAUUACCACUGUUUAAAAUACACUGAAGUCUAUUUUAUU